AUGGGUCGUACGGCAAGGAGAAACAGCGAGCAAGAACUCUUCUUCAGUAGACAGGCAAGUCGAAAGAAAUAUAACCUUUGCGCAAAGUGUAAGAAAGAAGAAAGUUUAGAUGGUCGUUGGAUACAAUGUGACAAGUGUACCUUAUGGUACCAUACAGCAUGUGUAAGGAUUCAACUCAAUGAUAACGGUGAGUUCUACGGUGACUACUAUUGUCAAUUGUGUACUGGUUUUCCAGAUCCAAUUGUCCAAGAAAUUCGCCCGAGCGAAGAAGAUUGUGAACUGAAUAGUAGACUUUCCCCUUCUUCGUCAACCUCCUCUUCAUCUGGUGCAAGUGGCCCACCUACCAAAAAGUUUAAAACUGGGUCUUCGCACGCCAAACCUUUACAAUUCCCGCUUUCUCCAUCCACGUCUACACCUAUGGAAACGGAAAUCAUGAAAUUCCCAGAUAAACCGAUAUCUCGACCGUACGACUGGCCAAAUCCUGUUCCUUACUCUCGUGCCGUUAUUAGAAUGAGUCAGAUACGCGAAUUUAUUCUAACGCACUGUCCGAAGGCCGCAGCAGUUGGAAUUAUCGAUGACACACCAGAACCCAAACCUAAAUCAUUACAGAUUGCAGAAGAUUUGUGGAAGAAAUUGGAUUCACUUGAACAGAAAUAUAAUCAGCAUAAUCAGGUUUAA